AUGGACCCAGAGGCACUCGCUUGGAGUAUCAACGAUGAAACCGUUGAUGUCCAUGGCAUUGGUGUUGACGUCUGCAGAAAUGUUCCCCUCCAUCAUAUUUCCCCGGCUAUGAUACAUCGGCUCCAUAAAGCUAUCGCUGCUGAUAUCUUCCACUCGAUGGGAAUUCAGAGAAGCGAGGCAGGAGACUGUUUUGGUGCCAUGAUCGAACGAAUCACCAGUAGCAGGCUACUUCAUCAUUCAAAACUUGAGGAUUGCGAAGCCAUUGACUUCAUUCGACAGAGUUUGAUCAAAGUCAUUAGAUUGCAUACGCAGACCGGGAAGAUUGUCUGCCCGCCAGCACAUAUCAUGGGCUGUCUAAUUGCAGCAAUCGCCUAUCGAAAGCUUCAACCCGUCAAUGAAGAGUUCUUCCAAAACAAUGAAGAUUUGGUCAAAGUGUUCGGCGAGCAUAACGGAAUCCAGUGGCUAUCAGUUGCCAUUCAAGUGUUUGCCGAGGUCGGCCCGCGUGUUUUCAUCAUCGAACUGGAUGAAGCCUGCCUGAAGCCUGUGUCUAAACUACAAAUUUUGGAUGGUAUCUCUUCUUGGGUAGUCACAACCAGAAUGCCCCAGGUGAACAGAUUUGAGGGCGUUAUUAGCCAAUUCUUUGGAUUGACGCACAGGACGCCCAGCCCAGUAUAUCCAAAGCUUGAGCCGCAUGAUAGGCCUCUUCUAUCCGUUGAGCCUGACGACAUCCCGAACAGCCCCAUCUCUCUAAACGAAGACGAUGAGAUGGAAGACACUACCAUCACAUUACACGAUUACACUCGACAGAUGAAUAGUCUCGGAAAGAGACUCGCAACUCCAGACAGGGCUACAGUCAAACGAAUCAGACGAGAAAUUCUUAAGAAUCCGGAUCAGUCCCAGGCCACAGACCAACACGUCGAUGUUGAAGAAUUGCUCAGAUUCAACCUGGAGAAAAACAUCAAACACGCUGUGAAAGAGGCCAUCGCCGAUGUGAGACAAACACAAGAGUACUUCGACACCUAUAGUCGUUACAAGGAUGUUUGGAUGAUCUGCGUUCGACAGCAAGGCGGUGUGCCAGAAAGUCUUCGUGAUCUUGUCAAACAUCACUGCACUCCUAGUCAGGUUUUUCACCUGCUGGAACUGGAAAAGGAACAUCUUGCUAAGGAGGAAGUGGAGGUUGAAGUUUAA